AUGACCAAGAGGAGGAGGAACAACGGGAGCGCCAAGAAGGGCCGAGGCCAGGUGCAGCCCAGCUGCCGCACCCACCGCACCCGCUGGGUGCCCAAGGACAAGGCCAUCGAGAAGUUGGUCAUCCGCAACGUUGUGGAAGCCUGGCCGUCAGGGACAACUCCGAGCCGACGUCUUCGACUCCUACGUGCUGCCCGAGCUGUAUGUGAAACUACAUUACUGCGUGAGGGGCGCCGUCCGCAGCAAGGCAGGGAGGAAUCGCUCCCGGGAGGCACGGAAGGAUCACACGCCCCUACCCGAUUCAGACCUUCAGGUGCUGCCCCCGGAUGGCCUUCAAAGGCCAUGUAA